GCGCCCGGGCCACCCGCCCCUGUACCCGAGUUUUACGUAACGAUGCCCGCGCCGAGCUGAUGGCCGCGAUCGUGUGGUGGCUGGCGGCCACCUGCCUGCUCCGCGCCGCCACCGCCGGCAACCCCGACGCCAAGCGACUCUACGAUGACCUCCUCUCCAACUACAACAAGCUCGUGCGACCCGUCGUCAACACCACCGACGUGCUGCGAGUCUGCAUCAAACUCAAACUCAGUCAACUCAUCGACGUCAAUCUAAAGAAUCAGAUAAUGACGACCAAUUUGUGGGUGGAGCAGUCGUGGUAUGACUACAAGUUGCGCUGGGAGCCGCGCGAGUACGGCGGCGUGCACAUGCUGCACGUACCCUCCGACCACAUCUGGAGACCAGACAUCGUCCUCUACAACAAUGCCGACGGCAACUUCGAGGUAACGUUGGCGACCAAGGCGACCAUCUAUCAUCAGGGGCUGGUGGAAUGGAAACCACCCGCCAUUUACAAGUCUUCCUGCGAAAUAGACGUGGAAUAUUUUCCUUUCGACGAGCAAACAUGCGUUCUUAAGUUCGGUAGCUGGACGUACGACGGAUUCAAGGUGGAUCUGAGACACAUGGACGAGCAGGCCGGCAGUAACGUGGUGUCGGUCGGGGUCGACCUGUCGGAGUUCUACAUGUCUGUCGAGUGGGAUAUACUCGAGGUGCCAGCUGUCAGGAAUGAGAAAUUCUACACUUGCUGCGACGAGCCUUACUUGGACAUAACAUUCAACAUCACGAUGCGAAGAAAAACGCUGUUUUACACAGUGAACAUCAUCAUCCCUUGUAUGGGGAUCUCUUUCCUUACCGUCCUCACAUUUUACCUGCCUUCAGACAGUGGAGAGAAGGUAACGCUGUCGAUAUCAAUAUUGAUUAGUCUCCACGUGUUUUUCCUGCUGGUUGUCGAGAUCAUACCUCCUACGUCACUGGUCGUACCGCUAUUGGGAAAGUAUCUUAUAUUCGCCAUGAUUCUCGUUUCAAUAAGUAUAUGUGUGACGGUAGUGGUCCUAAACGUCCACUUCCGUUCGCCGCAGACACACCGGAUGGCGCCUUGGGUGAAACGAGUUUUCAUACAUAUUCUACCACGACUGCUGUUUAUGAAACGGCCGCAGUACAAGUUUGACACAACGAGUAUCGGGUACCACAGAUCGCGCUACACGGCGUGUGGUGUGGUGGUGCGGUGUGGAGGGGCAGCUCGGCCUCUCUACCCGUACCGGCUGGCAGCGGCUGACGACGACUGCUGCGCACCCGGUGCAUGGCCGCCGCCUGCUGCACCACCACCCAGACCUCUCACGAGAACACCAAGCAAAGAAGAUCUCACACACACCACCUACCUUAACUCAGGGAUGGGUGAUAGCAACAGGUUUGGUGGUAGCUGUCUGGUGCAUGGCUCGAGUGAUGGCGGUGCGGGACUAGGUAGCGGGUUAGCAGGCGGCUUGGCCGGUGGGCUGGCCAACGCUGAAGACGAGACCCUCAGUCCCGUCCCCGACCCGCCGCCUGGCUUCAGUCACUCCGCCUGCCCACCAGAAGUACACAAAACAUGCUUCUGUGUCCGAUUUAUUGCAGAGCACACUAGAAUGCUCGAGGACUCUACUAAGGUUAAAGAAGAUUGGAAAUACGUAGCGAUGGUGCUGGACCGUUUGUUCUUGUGGAUCUUUACGCUGGCUGUGCUAGUGGGCACCGCCGGUAUCAUCCUGCAGGCGCCAACGUUGUACGACGACCGAGUGCCCAUUGACAAGCACUUCAACCAAUACGCGACCUCGUCGCUCGUGCGGUGUCCACCACCCUCGUAACUUGAUAAUAUUGACUACAUUUAUGUUUACACAAGUAUGACGUCACAGUACCAACUUUUAUUUACAGACAAAUACUGUUGCUACAACAUUUACUACUGAAAACGUUUCAUACUGCAAUGUUUGCUGUUCAAAAUUGUAAUCUGAGACUGGGACACAUUCAUUUUUAUUAAAACUCUGACGCCAUACUCGUGUAGCCAUGUCUAUUUGUAUGGUUAUUCAAUAAUUAUACAAACAACGGUGUCUUCAAAGGUGCAGUGAUUUGUUUGAGAAAAUCUGUUUAGGUUAUAAUCUAAAAAAACUUAAAACCUUGUACUGGCCUUAUGACUCAAGGUCUACUUAUUUGAACGUUUGUAACGAUUUUCAUGAACAAGUUGCAGUAACACCGUAUGACAUUAUUCUUAUUGCGUCGCCGUUGUAUUUCAAGACCCAACGCACACCCGUCCCACCCGGAACGUGUUCUAUUCCACGACACGUAAAUAUAUCUAUCUAAUAAAGUUUUCGUAAUAAUAAUCAUAAGAACUUUCAUAUCUUUUCAUAUUAUCUAUUCUUGCACUCAUUGUUAGUAUAAACAUUGAUUCACUCAUUCUGAGCUCCCACGCAAGAGUUUGAGCAUUGUUUGGCUCAUACAACGUCUUAUGUGACAAUAAAUUGUAGCAAUUGUUUCCUGUAGUUAUCUUAUUGCAGCGCAGUAUCAAAAUCCAAAGCGACUUACGAUUCACAAAAUCAUCUAAGAAUACACUAGUCUCUAUGAAUAGAUAUAAGAUAAUGAACGAAACACCACCAUGUUAAAUGUAUCUGUGUUCAAAAACGUCAUUUAGUAAAUUAGCAUACAUAAUAUCGUAGCUAGCACCUUUAACUAAGCUCAUCCAAAGCGAUAGACCAACAAGUCUGCUUAUUACACCUCGCUUAUUCAUAUAGGAAUUUAAUAACUGAUUUUCAUACAAAUUGUCAACAUUAGCUCUAAUGUAGACAUCGAAAUCGAAUGUAAUUUUAAGGAAUUCAUAGGCACUAGACGUAGUGUAAGUCUGUCUUAAAAUCAUGCUGAAACUAUCGACUAGAGAUUCUUCCAACUCUUCUAUUUCUAAGAACAUUACUAUAAUUUGUCGUAGAAUAGAACAUGUACUUUAAAAUAAGAAUAUCGAUUUUAUUAUUUAUAAGAAAAAAAUAGUAUUUGAAACCUAUAAAAUACAGUAACGUAUUUAUAAAACGAUUUAUUGUUGGCUUUGAAAGAACGAAAUUCAGUUAAUAGACUCGAUGAAUAUCGUAAAGAUUUACAAGACCAGAGUAAUGAAAAAUAUCCUUAUGAUAAUAAGUACAACAUAAUGAUUUACUUUAAGAAGAUAAUUGCUCAAUUUUAAAGUCCGUACCUUCUUUAGUUUUGCUACUGUUUAUUAAUACGCCGAGUGAUUAUGAACUGACCGUAACCUAAUAUGAACUAAGUAGGUACUUAUUGAUUGAUUUAUGUUAUACUCCUACAUUCGCUUAAUCAAAAUGGUGUCACUAUAUUACGUUGGUAUAUAAUUUACAUAAUAUUCCAAAAAAUGUACUAUGUUACAUAUUAUAGUGUAGAAUCACUGUAAAUAAAAUUAAUGUAAUUAUAUUUGAGGCACGCGUUUGAGCAAUGGCCGUGCCAAACUUUUGGACAGGAAUUGAGAUUAUUUAUUAAUUGAAAAUGAACAAUACACAAUAAAUAAAUUACCAAAAAUUAAAAAAGAGUGUACAAAAAUAAAUAACGAAUAUAAAACAUUAAGAGUAAAAGCUUAUUGUACUGAGAUGAAAAAAAAUCAUGACAAACGUGAUUAUGAUAGUGGUCAUAGUCAUGUCAUAUUAUAAUUAAAUAUCGUAAAUUGUAAAUUCACUAUAUGUAUAAUAAAAUGCGAGGCUAUAGUCGAAUAUUAAAAUGCUGCAUAGUCAUAGACUAUUACAUUAUAUCACAAGACUAUUAAAAUACUAAACAUCAAUUUAAUUGUUCCACGUAAACGCAGUCAAGCGUUCUACGUCUUAUCACCAACAAUCAUAUUUUAUUGGCGUUUAAAUAUUCGGCUAUAUGUACAAUAUUAUUGUCAAUAAACGAAUAGAAAGUACUGGUGCAUAGUAUAGUACCCCAUAAAAGUAAUCUAAUCUAAUAAAUAAGAUAUAUACCUAAUACACAUUGACUGCUCGCAGUAGAGUAGCGCAGCUCAAUUGUAGAAAUAUAAGUUUGUAAGUACUUAUUUAUAUUGUUAAUAAAAUCGUUAUAUAUAGUCUUCUCUUUUCUUUCCGUCGACAAUUUAUUACUAAACACAUGUUUAUUGUGAUAGGGGCCUAUAAGGACGCUCUUAAAGUAAUACUAACUUAUGUUAUUGCGCGCUAUGACGCGUACAACAGCUGCCGAUGAGGUCAUAC